AUGACAAACGAUAGCGAGAAAUAUCCGGGGCACGAUACUGUUCGUGCUUCGAACUUGGAGUCACCAUCUCCAAAUUCUAAUCAUCCCGAGGCCGCACCUCCGGAUGUGACUCUGAGAACGUGGAUUGUUUCGUGUAUUCUCUCGUGCGGUUAUGGCCUCUCUUUCUUCCCAGUGCCUGUCGUGGCUGCCAUCGGUACCCUAAUUUCGGCAGACAUGGGGGACCCCACUGGAUAUAUUUGGUUUGUUCCUGCAUGGACCAUCUCAAUUACUUGUGCCUUCUUGAUCUUUGGUCCGAACACGGAUCUUCUGGGCAGACGUUGGUUUCUGGUAUUGGGUAAUUUGGUUUGCUUCGUUGGGCAUGUCAUUGUGGCUUCUGCAAAAACUACAAACCAAGUCAUCGCCGGAUUAGCUGUCUCUGGAUUUGGCGGAGCUAACUGUCAGACCAUUUGCUUCUUUAAGAUGGCUGCAUUCGCGCUACCUGAACUUCUACCCAAUAAAUGGCGUCACAUCGGUGUGGUGAUUGCCGAUCUCACUGUCUACGUUGCCGUAAUUGUUGCGCCAGUCACCGCAAGAUAUGGCUAUGAGCUAGGCACUUGGACGUGGAACUUCUGGGGAAUUGCUAUCUUCCAGGGUCUAUCAUUUAUUGGCCUGUUGCUGCUCUAUCAUCCCCCUAAGCACCCUCUCGGUGUCUCAUAUUUAGAUGCAUUAAAGUCUUUAGACUAUGUUGGCGCUUUGCUCUUCAUCGGCGGUGCAGUCCCCUUCCUGAUCGGUAUCGUGUGGGCCGGCGUCUACGACUCUAAUGAUGCGCAUGUUGUCGGCCCCUUGGUCGUCGGUGCUGCCGUUCUGGUCGUAUUCGCUCUUUGGGAAACAUUUGGUAACCUCAAAUACCUGCUUACUCCGACUUACAUCUUCUCCAGUUCCUGGGGCCGUGACUUUACUGCACCUGUAAUCGCACUUGCUGUUGUCAACAUGUUCUACUAUUCCUCCAGUAUCCUGUGGCCUCAGAUGAUCACCGUAUUCUACACAAAUGGCGGCGCAGACUGGAAAUACUCGAUCGUUCUCUCCCUUCCACAGGGAUUUGCUAUUCUUUUCGGUGCCCUUCUGCUAUCUGUCCUCGGUAGCAAGCUUCGAAACUGGCAGUGGCAGUUGACUGGAUCAGUCUUUGUCAUGGUUCUCUUCGGUAGUUUACUGGGAAUUGUGACACCUGAUAAGAAAGGUACCAUGGUUGCGUUUGUUUUCCUCUCGCAGGCUGGUUUUGGCUGGGCUAUUUAUUUGAGCAUUGCUAUUACGCAGAUGGGUGUUGAACAAAAGAAUCUUGGUGUCAGUGGGGGUAUAUCUGGCUGUAUUCGAUUUGCAGCUGGAGCAGUUGCAACCUCCAUCUACCAGACUGUAUUAAGCAAGAGUCUUACAAAGUAUAUGGUGGAGUAUAUUCCUAGCGCAGUUAUUGCCGCUAGUCUGGACGAAUCGAAGGUCGCCGACCUUAUGACUGUUGUGUCUGGGGGUGCUGCUGCUUUGAAGGAGUACAGUCCAGAUGUUGCAGCUGCAGCCGAGGCUGCUCUUGGUCAUGCAUACUGCAAAGCUAUCUUCGUGGUUGCUAUGGUAUCCAUGGCGUUUGGUAUCCUGGGUUUGGCAGCUUGCCUGUGUUGCAAGGACGUGGAUUCGAAGAUGACGAACAAGAUCGAGGUCUAUCUCGAAAAUACUGAUCUCUCCGACCGAAACAAGUACCACUAG